AACAAGACAAAGUGAAGGAAGAGAGAAUGGAAAGAAUGGAAAGAGCUGCUCCCCUAACUUCUGAACUCAACGAAAUAUUUCUCCAACGGUUUAAAGAAACAAGGCAGAGUUUGGGAUUGGUUGAUUCGAAAGUGGAGGUUAGAUAUGAGGAGCUGAGUGUGGAGGCAAGCGCGGAAGUUGGGCAGAGGACUCCCCCAACGCUCAUAAACGUCACCAUCAAUGCCAUGCAGGAGAUGAUGGAGAAACUAUGUCCAAGUUCCAACAGAAAGCUCAACAAAAUUCUCAAUGGACUUACGGGAGUAAUAAAGCCAUCCAGGAUGACCCUAAUCCUUGGACCACCAGGUUCUGGAAAAUCAACAUUCUUGCGGGCCUUGUCAGGAAAAUUGGAUCCAGAAUUUAAAAUCAGUGGAAAGGUCACAUUCAAUGGGCAAGAGCUUAAAACAUUUAGCUCUGAACAGCUAUGCAUGUACGUUAGCCAGCAGGAUCUUCAUCAUUCUGAGAUGACCGUGCGCGAUACAUUAGAUUUCUCCAGCAACAUCUUCGGAACUAAUAAAGCAUUUGAGAUUUUGAGCGGCAUGCCAGGGUCAGAAAGAGCAUCAACCAAUAAAUUGGCCCCAGAGAUAGAUGAACUUCUUGAGGCUACCUCAUGUGGAGCAGGAAGCAACUUGACUACAAAUUACAUUUUGAAGCUGCUUGGCUUAGAGGACUGUGCCAAUGUUAUUGUAGGAGACGAAAUGAGAAGAGGCAUUUCAGGAGGACAGAAGAAACGAGUUACCAUUGGAGAGAUGCUGAUUAGCCUUGCCAGAAGUUUCUUCAUGGAUGACAUAUCAACUGGUCUGGAUAGCUCCACCACAUAUAUGAUUAUCAAGUUCCUUAGGCAAAUAGCACAUAUAAUGGAUACCACCAUGGUUAUUUCCUUAAUCCAGCCAUCGCCUGAGACAUUUGAGCUAUUCGAUGACAUAAUUUUACUAUGCCAGGGGCAUAUUGUUUAUCAAGGUCAUCGAGAGAAUGUACUCGAGUUCUUUGAGUUCAUGGGAUUUAAAUGUCCCGAUAGAAAGAACAUUGCUGACUUCCUUCAAGAGGUGACCUCAAAAAUGGAUCAAGAACAGUAUUGGAAAGAUAACCAAAGGGAACAUCAGUACCUUCCAGUCGAAAAGUUUGCAGAAUCCUUUCAUUGCUAUUAUCUGGAUCAGCGUGUUGAUCAUCAACAGCAAAUAACAGGAGGCAAUGUCAAGAGCGAGAAAACAAUGGAAAUCAGCGAAAGCUACAGAAUCUCAAAAUGGAAGGUAUUAAAAGCAUGCUUCUCCAGGGAAGUGUUACUAUUAAAAAGGAACUACCCAGUACAUGUAUUUAAGAGCGUACAGAUAAUGAUACUGGCUUUGGUGACCAUGACACUUUUCCUUCGAACAAAUAUGGACCAUCACUCAUAUGUAGGAGGAAAUAAGUUCAUAGCAGCUAUCUUUGCUGGAGUAGUAAUAGUGAAUUUCAAUGGAAUGACUGAACUGGCAAUGAUAGUAAAGAGAUUACCUGUCUUCUACAAGCAAAGGGAGCUCUUACUUCUGCCAGGAUGGGCUCUUCUUUUCUCAAAUUAUAUACUCAGCAUCCCGAUGACGUUGAUUGAAACAGGCAUAUGGACUUCCAUAACAUAUUUUGUCAUCGGUUUUGCACCUUCAGCAACUAGGUUUUUUCAGCAGUACCUGGCUUUUAUCUCUGCACACCAAAUGUCGAUGGGACUUUUUCGCUUGAUUGCUGCUAUUGGGAAAACUCAGAUGAUGGCUAAUACGCUAGGUACUGCAGCACUUAUCGCAAUUUACAUCCUAGCAGGAUUUGUGAUAUCCAGAGAUGACAUCCAACCAUGGCUGAAGUGGGGUUAUUGGUCAUCUCCUCUGACAUAUGGUCAGAAUGCUGUAGCACUAAAUGAAUUUCUGGACGAAAGGUGGAGCAAGAAAAUAGACGGCAACAACAAUGAAACCAUUGGUGAGGUUUUUCUCAGAUCAAGAGGGCUGCUCACGCAGUGGCACUGGUAUUGGAUUUCUAUAGGCGCACUAGUUGGCUUCUCAUUAAUCUUCAACAUUCUUACAAUCUUUGCCUUCGAAUAUACCAAAAACCCGUACAAGCAUAAAGUUACUGCUAGUGCUGAAUUUAAGGAUCUACAGCUUAAUGGGAAAGAUGAUGAACAAAAAGGAGCUGGAGGAGUGUCAAGUCCUUUGCCUUUUCAGCCGCUGAACCUUGUAUUCCACCACAUCAGUUAUUAUGUGGAUAUACCAAAAGAAAUGAAGAAAGAUGUGGGGAAUGGUAAGAGGCUUCAGCUGUUAAGGGAUGUCAGUGGUGCUUUCAGGCCAGGCAUUCUAACUGCUCUAAUGGGGAUCACAGGCGCAGGAAAAACAACAUUGCUAGAUGUUUUAGCUGGAAGAAAAACUGGGGGAUGCAUCGAAGGAAACAUUACCAUAUCUGGUUACCCAAAAAGGCAAGAUGCCUUUGCUCGGAUCUCAGGGUACUGUGAACAGACGGAUGUUCACUCUCCAUUUCUCACAGUUCAUGAAUCUCUACAGUUCUCUGCAUGGCUGCGCCUGCCUCCUCAUGUUGAACAGCAAGCCAGAAAUGUGUUUGUGGAAGAAGUCAUGAGUUUGGUUGAACUACAGCAACUGAAGAAAGCCAUAGUAGGCCUUCCAGGAGCCCAUGGUCUAUCAGCUGAACAGCGGAAAAGGCUUACAAUUGCUGUGGAGUUGGUUGCAAGUCCUUCCAUUAUUUUCAUGGAUGAACCCACAACAGGUUUGGAUGCUCGGGCUGCAGCAAUAGUCAUGAGAACUGUCAGAAAAACUGUAGACACAGGACGAACAGUUGUUUGUACUAUCCACCAACCAAGCAUAGAAAUAUUUGAAGCUUUUGAUGAGUUACUGUUGAUGAAAAGCGGGGGGCAGCUAAUAUACAGUGGACCCCUGGGACCUCUUUCUCAAACAAUGAUCAACUACUUCAAGGCCAUCCCAGGAGUACCCAAAAUCAGAAAAGGUCAAAAUCCAUCCACAUGGAUGUUAGAUAUUACAUCAACUACCAUUGAGUAUAAUCUUCAAAUAGAUUAUGCAAGCAUCUACCGCAGUUCAUCUCUUUACAGAGAAAACGUGGAGUUGGUUGAGGAAUUGAGUAAAAGGCCACAAAAUCUUGAGGAACUACAGUUCCUCACAAGUUGUUCCAGCUUCAAAAUGCAAUGCUUAGCAUGCUUGUGGAAACAAAACAAAUCAUAUUGGAAAAAUCCAGAACACAAUAUUGUGCGUUUCAUUACCACUAUCACAACUUCAUUACUUUUUGGUGUAGUAUUUUGGCAGGCUGGCUCAAAAACGACAAAGGAACAAGACAUUUUCAAUGUUCUAGGAAUCAUGUAUGGGUCAGCAUUAUUUUUAGGUUUCACCAAUGCCAGUAUAGUGCAGCCCGUUGUGGGAACAGAAAGGACUGUACUAUAUCGAGAAAGAGCUGCUGGAAUGUAUUCAACUCUGCCUUCUGUAAUUGCUCAGGUGGCAAUUGAAAUUCCAUAUGUAACAAUACAAGUGCUCAUCUUUUCAAGUAUUGUAUAUACAAUGGUAGGAUUUCAGCUGGUCAUCUCUAAAUUUUUAUGGUUUGUGCUAUUCAUCCUGCUAAGUUUCGCCUACUUCACACUUUACGGGAUGAUGGCUGUAGCAUUAACACCAAUACAAGAUGCAGCUGCUCUAUUGUCCUUCUUAAUCUUUAUCUUAUGGAAUCUCUUCUCGGGAUUCAUGCUUCCUAGAAAGAUGAUACCAACCUGGUGGAGAUGGUAUUACUGGGCCAACCCUGCUGCAUGGACAAUCUACGGUUUAUUGUUUUCCCAAUUAGGGGACCGAGAUGACUUAAUCCAGAUCCCUGGGGAGUCAGAUCAAACUAUAAAAGAGUUCCUUGAAGAUUACCUCGGUGUAGAAAGCACUUACUUCCCUAUUAUUGUAACCCUCCACUUGGUCAUUAUUGUUAUCUUUUUCAUUGUUUUUGUUGUAGGAAUAAAAUAUUUGAACUUUCAAAAAAAAUGAUACAAACAUAUAUUGAUAGAUAACUAGUAAAUCAAGAUUUCAAGUGUAUGUACUCUAGCAUAGAAGUUUAUGCUAUGUAGCAAGAAAAUGUAUUUACAAAUUUA